AUGGCCUCGCCUGCGGCCAGGGUCGCCAUCGAUUCCAACAUUGAAUUGACUCGGAGCCCCUCGGCUCGGAGAAACUAUGGCCGAUCCCCGUCCAUGCGCAUCAUCAAGAAGCGGUUCCCCGGGGUCUUUGGCAUCACCUACCGGAACUGGGGCUACAUUCUGCUCGUCUUCUGCGUCCUGUACAGUGGCUUCUUACUCUAUUUCUUGGGCCUCCUCCAAGUUGCUCUCGAAGUGCGAGACGAUCGGUACUUGGUGCUCCCAAAGACUUUCUAUGGGCCGUUUGUGAAGGACGUCUGGCCAGCUUAUCCCAAGAUCUACACAUCGUACCCGAGAGGUUAUCAAGUUCCUUGGAAUAGCACGCUCUAUUAG